UUUUGAAGUUUUCUUCAAGGAAAGAUCGAAAACAACAACUUAAACGUUUUAAUGUAAAAUGUGAGGACUAUCUUAGUGAUCCAGUAUGACACCUAAAACCGGGACCAAACCACGGGUAUUAUAAAUUAAAUAUAAUUAAUUAAACACCUUUAUUUUAUUUCCUUUUUCCCUAUAAUUUUCUUUCCCCCCUAUAUAUGUAUGCAUGUUUUGGUUGUGGUAGUCUUUUAUUUUCUAAUAAAUCCCCAAAGCUCAAGAAUUCAUCAUCACCAUCAGUUAUUAUUAUCAGAUAAUUAAAUGGGAUUAAACCCAGAUUUCUUCUCAUUCCAUGGGAGCUCAAAGUCUGGGUUUUUCUUGAUCCUAUUGCUAUCACUCAUGUGUUUUUUACUUGGAAAUGCGGAUGGGUACGACCCUUUGGAUCCCAAUGGGAACAUAACCAUCAAAUGGGACAUCCUUCAAGAAACCAGUAACACCCAAUUCGUCAAAAUAACUUUGUUAAACUACCAAUUAUUCCGGCACAUAGACCGUCCGGGGUGGAAGCUGAGCUGGGGAUGGGCAGGUGAUGAGGUGAUCUGGGAAAUGUGGGGAGCUGAGGCCACAGAGCAGGGGAACUGCUCCGCGUAUAAGUCCGGGCAGCUGCCCCAUUGUUGUGAGAAGGUACCGGUUAUUGUCGACCUUCUGCCCGGAGCCCCUUACACCAAGCAGGUCCUGAAUUGUUGCAAGGGAGGUGUCCUUUCUUCAUUGACUCAAGACCCCGAAAAGUACGGGGCCACCUUUCAGAUGAGCGUGGGGCGCGUCGGUAAUUCUAAGGGUUCAUUACCAAUGCCGGGAAACUUCUCUAUUGGGGUCCCUGGAUAUACGUGUGGGGACCCCUUUGAGGUGCCUCCCAGCAAGUUCGUUGAGGAUCAAGGGCGCCGUAGGACACAGGCUCUUGGAACGUGGAACGUCACGUGUUCUUACUCCCAGUUUAGAGCUCAAACAUCUCCAACUUGCUGUGUUUCUUUGUCUGCAUUCUACAACAAAACCAUAGUCCCCUGCCCAACCUGUACUUGUGGCUGCCAGGGGCUGCCCACAUCCUCAAAAUGCUUAAAAGUUGGGGAAAAGACACCGGUGUUUCAUGACUUGGACCAAGAAGUGGCACUAGACCCAGUGGUUUUGUGCACCGAUCACAUGUGCCCGAUAAGGGUUCACUGGCAUAUAAAACAAAGUUACACUCAGUACUGGAGAGUGAAGAUCACGGUCACGAAUUUCAACUUCGUGAAGAACUUUAGCCAGUGGAACUUGGUGGUCCUUCAUCCAAACCUGAGAAAUGUCACCCAGGUUUUCAGCUUCAACUACAUGCCUCUUAACCUGUACGGCGAUAUAAAUGACACUGGAGUGUUCUACGGGAUCCAGCAUUACAACGACGUGUUGCUUCAACAGGGCAAGAGCGGGAAUGUGCAGACAGAGUUGUUGCUGAACAAAGACAGAACGAUGUUUACAUUCAGGGAAGGAUGGGCUUUUCCAAGGAGGGUUUCGUUUAACGGCGAAGAUUGUGUGUUGCCACAACCUGAUGACUACCCAGGACUCCCAGAUUCUGGGAUACUACUAGGGGCACCCACAAAUCUUUGGGUGCUGGUUCUUGUGAUUUCUACUUGUUACUUGUACUACUGCAUAGGAAUCAUACCUUUCUUCUAGCUUUUUAAAUUUGUUCAGGUUCUUGAUUCAUUUCUAGUUAUGUUAAUUGUUACUGCGAUGUAGAUGAAAUGUGGGUGCUUGGUAGAGCUUCUUUGGGAGUCAGUAGUUUAUUUAAGCUCCAAAUAAGGGAUCACUUCUUAU